ACUUCCUUGUGGACUAGUCUGUGUGUGUUUUCGUCAGUCGCGAGUAAGUUCUAACCGCCAUGGCGUCGUCUUUUCCCGGUGUCCUCACGUUCCUUGUGACGUGUGUGUACCUGUGCUCUGCCCAGUCGGUCUACAGGCCACCGUCAGACGAGAAGUGUGUGUGUAAUCUGGUCAUGAAUCCUGUGGUGAAUUGUGGGAAUGAUGACGCACUCCGAGCAGAGCUGGAGAAACUCAAGAUCGCCGUGAAGCAACUUUCCCAGACAAGGACGGCAGGCUCUCAAGCCAACGACACAGACUCCGACAAGCCCCAAGACUGUCAGGACAUCCUUGACAAUGACGAGACCACGCCCAGCGGCGUGUACAUGGUUUAUCCGCGGGACAACCUGGGCGGCUUCCUGGUCUACUGUGAUAUGGACACGGACGGAGGCGGCUGGACGUUGUUCCAGAGACGCCAGGACGGAACCGUGGACUUCUACCGGGGCUGGGAGGACUACAAGACCGGCUUCCCUUCCAACCUGAACGGCGAGUUCUGGCUGGGGAAUGACAACUUGUACCGCCUGGCUGUGCAGAAAGUCUACCAGCUCAGGGUGGAUAUGGAGGAUGUGGAGGGAGAGACGCGGUACGCCGCUUACGACACGUUUGCCAUCUCACCUGAAUCACAGAACUACAAGCUCCACAUAGGGACUUACAGCGGUACUGCAGGAGACAGCUUGACGGUGCAUGACGGGAAACCAUUCAGUACCAAGGACAGAGAUAACCCGUCCAGCUGUGCUCAGAACUACAAAGGUGCGUGGUGGUACGAAAGUUGCCACCGCUCCAACCUUAACGGCCUGUACCACCUGGGUACUCAUGAGAGUCACGCCGACGGAGUCAACUGGUACGACUGGAAGGGUUAUAACUACUCCCUGAAGCGCGCAGAGAUGAAACUCCGACCAGCUCCAUAACGUCACGCAUUGUGUUUUUUGCGUGUAUCUGCUUGUGAACCAUACAUUGUAAGCCGCUUGCAGUGUUUGUGAUAUUUUGAUGUGAUUUUGUCUUAUUUUAAAUCAGUUUGACCGUGAGGUUUACAUUAAAAGUCAUCACCUGCAUCGCUGUAUGUUUAGAACUCUUGAGGACAAUUUUUUCAACAUAUUAUGAUGGGAACACUAGUAUAUAAAAGGUUGUUAUCCCAGACUUAAUACAGCCAUAACUAAUAAAAUGUAGAAUUAUAGAAGUCUCGCAUUAAUUAUGCAGAUCAUAUCCAGAUUUUCAUCUGAUUGUCAUCUCAUUACGUCUAGAAUAAUGUAUCCAAAAUGGAGCUUGUCGCAUAAUUCUUGUUCAAAACUUUGUUAGCUACAGUACAGCACUGAAUCAAAUGUCACUCAUAUCUCUUAGCAAGAGACGACAUGAGCUAUGUUACAAGUUUGCUACUAACAGUGUCCAGUUUAAUUCCGGACUAAUUCCCAUAUCUCAGUAACCUUACGUCUAG